UUGAGAGAGAUUAAUCAAUCGUCGUCUUCUCCACACCGUCGGUGCGGUACCUCAUCACGGAUCAGUUUCUAGAAAGAGAGAGAAAGAGAGAGAGAGCCGAUUUUGUUUUUCUAGAUUCUCGUCCAUUUUUCUCUCCUCCGAUUUACCCUCUUCCCUAUUCUAAAAUUCCCCAUUUUUACAAAAGAUCCGUGAUUUUUUUUGGUUUUUUUUCCUAGGAUCGAUCUGAUUAGGGGUGUCUUUUAACAUAGCUUGAACUUUUAGGGAAAGCGUGAAAUUUUUUUUUUUAUCGAUUAAUCGGCGGAAAUGGACGAGUUUGGUGUUCUUACGGAACGUUACGGGAUUAAGCCUCAAGGUAAAUCUGCUCCGAUGGCUGCUUCCAAGCGUUCUGGUAAUAAUAACCCUCCUAAUAACAACAAUGCUCAGAGCUGGAAUUUCGCUACAGCUUCCUCCUCUGGUGUAAAUGGGAAAUCGAAAUCGACCUCGUUUUCUGGUAAUGGGUCUGUGUAUGAUGGUGACGAUAUUUUCUUUACCUCGAGCUCUACUAAUAUUAAGGGUUCGAAUUCUUCUAGUGGGUUUGACGAUUUUGAUGUUUUCUCUGGGUUGAGCAAGUCAAAAUCCUCUUUGAACGAUAAUUAUAGCAAGUCUUCUUUGAACGAUGAUUUGUUGUUCUCCAAUUUUGGGAAUUCGGGAAAUAAAUCUUCUUCUCCCGCGGCUCAGGGUUUUGAUGCUGAUGACUUGUUUGGUGGUGUUAUGCCUGGUUCGAAUAGCUCUUCCGGUGUUAAGAAUGAUGAUUUGUUUGGCUCAUUCGCUUCAUCUGAAAAGCAAUAUGCCACUGCCGUCGAUGAUCUGUUGGGUUUGGGGAAGAAUGCAGCUGGUUAUGAUGGAUUGAUUCCCGGUUUUGGUGGAAGUACUCAGACUACUAGCAGCAAGACUACCACAUCGAACUUUGAUGCUGCUGAUCCGUUUGUGGUUCUAGAAUCAACUACGUCUGCAGCACAUUCUUCUUCUGGUCUGUUCGUGGAUCCACUUGAAGAAUUUGCUGCUUCUGUCAGUUCUCAGGGGAAAAAACCAUCAAAUAUUUCACAGACUUCAUCAAAACUUAAGCCUCCGCCUAAACCAACACAAAAAGUGGACAGAGUUAAGAGUUCAGGAAUGUCUUCAAUAGACGAACUUGAAGACUUUGCUAUGGGUACUAUGCGACGUAGUGCCUCUGCUUCCGACACUGCUAGUAAAUAUAGAGAAGCUGAAGAUGCUGGAACAAAGAAAAAAGAAUUUGGUGUAGAUGACCUUGACUCUUUUUUCAGCGCGGGGCCUCGGUCCAGCAGUGUGCCAAAGUCACGGACUACAACUGAAACAACUCGCAAGCAAGCAUUCAAUGUGCCAAAAAAGACGGCUAAUGGGGUUUCUAGUGUAAAGAAGCCUCCUCCUCCAGCAAAUCUGGUGGAUGACUUUUCUGCACUUUUUGGAGAGGAUCCUAUGUUUAAACAAUUCGAGGAAAUCCCUGGGGAAACCGAAGAAAGAAGAAAGGCCAGAUGGGAUCGUGAACAGAGAACAAAGAGCCGUGUGGCACAAGCUGUAGCUGAUAUGAAUAACCGUGACCAUCAAUCUCGGAUUGAACAAGAACAGAGAACUAUGAUUUCUGAAACUGUUGAUUCUGAGAUAAGGCGAUGGGCUACUGGAAAAGAAGGAAACAUGCGUGCUCUGUUAUCUUCCUUGCAAAUUGUACUCUGGCCCGGAUGUGGUUGGGAGGCCGUUUCUCUAACAGAUUUGAUCACUUCGUCAGCAGUCAAGAAAGUAUAUAGAAAGGCAACGCUGUAUGUCCAUCCCGAUAAAGUUCAGCAAAAAGGAGCCACGCUUGAACAAAAGUAUAUAGCCGAAAAGGUUUUUGACAUUUUGAAGGAAGCUUGGAACAAGUUCAACAAAGAGGAGCUCUCAUAAUCCCAUAUGUCGUGGAUCUAGCUGCCUCCAUUUCAAGUUUGCUUGAGAUCGACCCUGAAACGGGACUGAUUACUUCUAGCAAUGGAUGAUUAAGAGAUAGAGACACAUGAAGAGACUUAGUGCUUGUUUGUUUGCGUCUUUGUGCCACAUAGUUUGUCUGUGAGUUUCUUUCUGUCUUUUCUUGUUUUUAAUCUUCUUAUCUCUAAUUUUUCCAUUGGCAAUAACUUGUGAUACUUGUCAUCUUUCUGUACACUCAACCAAAAAAAAAAAAGAAAAAAAAAUCAUGGGGAUGAUAUUGUGUAGCCCCAAAACCUCAAUAGAUUAUAUAUAUUUUAAUGUUCUUAUUAUAAUUAGCUAUAGCGUCGAGAUGAACCGCUGAUGUUAAUUUCAUUUCCAUGGAAUAACAAAAUGCUUUUGUUGGUAUCUUCA